AUGAGACCAAGCCGCGAUCGAGUCAACAUGACCGAGCUCGAACGACAAGUCGCGUUGCUGAAGUCCCGUGGCCUGAUGGUACCGACCACAGAUCCAAGAACGAGCAAGCGGCCCGCAGAGGAAUCGUCCCCAGAACCCUCAUCCAAAAAGACAAAGCACACCACUGAAAUUGCUUCUAAACGCCAACUUCAUGCACACUCUAUCCUCCAGCGUGAAUUUCUCCAUCAAAAGGCCGAACUUCAAAGAACGAAACAAGAGCUGGCAGCCGAGAAAGCCAAAUCAGCCUACAGCAGCAACCAGAUCAAGUUGCUCUGUGUUCAAUGCUGCAGAUUGACCGACCGUUACCACGCCGCUCUCGCCUCCCACGCUUCUCUUCAAGCCACAUAUCGCGACCAAACCUCCGAGCUCCGUGCCCACAAAGGUGCCCUUGACAUUGCCAACGAAGAGCUAGAGGAGUCUCGCAAGGACGCUGAUACCUAUCGCGAGGCGAUAUUGAAGCGAGACGAAGAUUACGAGCUUGCGAAGAAGCAACUGGAAGAAGCGAAGGACGACGAGGUGUUGGAAUGGAGGGUGUUGACGAGCAGGUUGCAAUCGCUUGGGAAGGGCCAUGAGACGGGUCGCGCGGUCUACGACAUGCUUUUACUGCAAGUUGAGAGACAGUGUGACGAGGACAAGGUUGUGUUGGAGAGUGUGAAGGAGGCUUUGAAGGACGCGUUUGGCGGAUUCUUUGAGAGAGAGUAG